GAGGUGCUGAGAGAGACGAGGGAAACCAAGACCCAGCUCUGAGAUCGCAGCAGCAGUUUCACUGGAAGGGGGCUUCAGGACCCACGAAAGCUGAUGCAGGCCCUGAUGCUGUGAAAGCUACCCGCUGUGUUUACAGUGCUUACAGCCUUACAGCAGGGGGAAGGUUCUCUUUGGUGUGAUUACAAGUAGUAUUUCCUCAUCAUGGAUGAGCUAUCACCCGAAGAAAUUCAGCUGAGGGCCAACCAGGUCACUGAUGAGUCUUUGGAAAGCACAAGGAGGAUUCUUGGCUUGGCCAUUGAGUCCCAGGAUGUUGGCAUCAAAACUAUUACCAUGCUGGAUGAACAAGGAGAACAACUAAAUCGUAUAGAAGAAGGCAUGGACCAGAUAAACAAGGACAUGAGAGAAGCUGAGAAGACACUGACAGAGCUCAAUAAAUGUUGUGGGCUCUGUGUCUGUCCUUGUAACAGGACAAAGAACUUUGAGGCCAGCAAAGCAUACAGAGCAACCUGGGGAGAUGGAACGGAGAACUCAGCAGAUCAUGUGAUAUCCAUGCAACCGAGAAGUAUAAACCAGCGGCAGCCUCAGACUCCUGGAGGACCAAGUGGUGGAUAUAUUACAAGGAUAACCAAUGAUGCCAGAGAAGAUGAAAUGGAUGAGAAUCUUGCUCAAGUUGGAAACAUUCUUGGGAAUUUGAAAAACAUGGCUUUGGAUAUGGGCAAUGAGAUUGAUGCCCAGAAUAAGCAAAUAGACCGGAUAAAUAUAAAGGCCGAUACAAACAGGGAACGCAUUGAGCAAGCGAACAUCAGAGCCAAGAAACUAAUUGAAAAUUAAAGCCUGCUGUCAUUGUUCAAUGACAGCCUCUCCAGCUGCAAGCCACCAUAUUCAUGGAUCUGUGAAACUUCUAUUCUGAAAUAAGAGGGGCUGGGACAAAUGAAGCAGUACCCCUUCUGUAGGGAUUAGUUUUCUUUUAUUGCUUCAUGUAAACAUGGCCUUGACUCCAAGAAAGCAGCCAACUUCCUUCUACUCAUCUGCCUUCAUCUUCUUUAAACUGCUCAGGGCUAAAAGUGUUAGGGCGUUGAGAAUCUUCUUGCAUGUUUGAUUCCUCUUCCCAGUUUCUUUUUUUUUUUUUUUUUCCUUUCCCUGCACCGGAAAUUCAGUCCUUUAUUUAAGUUGAACAAGCAGGGUAACCUGAAUUCACAGUUGUGGAGAGUUGGAGAGGGCACUUUGCACUGUUUGAAAUACCUCAUAAGUUGAGUGUCUUCACUAAAAUAGGGACUAGGUGAAUGUUGUCUGAUUUGUAUCUCUAGCAUCUAACCAUAGUUUUACAAUCCAAACCACAAUUGGUUUGGAGUUGAAUUUGUGUAUCACAGAACUGAAGAGGCCCAUUACUUACAACUUGUGGGUUGAGGGCUUUAAAACACUUCCUAACCAUAUGAACUUUAAGGUAAUGGUAGCCAGAGGGAUAUACAGGUUUCCAUUUCUUUAUUGUAAAUUGACAUCAGUUUGGAGGCCAUGACUAAUCAUGCUGCACUGUUCUGAUAAUAUUUGUUGUGUGUAUAUACCUAUCUGAUCUAAGCCCCAUGCACACAAGUAGAGGAAUAAAGUAGGGAGAUAGUUUUAUCCCCCUAAGGUAUUUAUUUGAUGGAAAAAUUUACACGUCUCAUCUAAAAGCUAACUUUUAAUUGUUUGACUGAGGCAUCUGAACUGGAAGAAACUGAGUAGAAAAGCAUGCAGUUUGCUUGCAUCCCAUAUCUUACUCUCUUUUGGCCAGUUUUCACUGGAGUUCAGUUUAUGGCUUUCUCCAGUGCAAAAUAAUGAUUGAGAUCUGGUGCAGUGUUUGCUCUCAGCAGUGACAUUGGGGGUGCUUCUAAAACCUACCAAAACCAGAGAAGCUUAUUGUGAAACUUCUUUGUCACAAGUCUGGAGGAAGCAGUAGCUAUUUAUGAACUGUAUCCUAGUUCUAAAUAAAUUAGUUCUAAAUAGA